GCCACCCAGUGGCGGAUAGAACAACUACCACUCAAACAUGACCACGGGAGGACCACCAUGCGUGACCACUGCCGUCAUCAGUAGGAAGAGAGGAAACAAACUCACUAAAACAACGCAAAAAGGGCCCGUUUUGUGUUACUGUACAGUGAUUAAUAUUUUUUAAACAUUUAUUUAGAUUUUAUUACUGUGACGUGGCUUUCUCGUGAGUUUUGACAAACGUAGACGUGGAGAUGUGGCGCUACCAAAAGCCUGGAUUUGAAGCCCUCCUCGUGGCUGAGCUGCAGCGACAGCAGCAGCACAGACAGUUCUGUGACACCCUCCUCAGGGCAGAAGGUAAGAAAUCCUGUCUCAAAAAAACAAAUGGUUCCGCUCCACUCUCUCUUCUCCCUGCAGGUGUUUCCGUGCCAGCACACAGUUGCGUCCUCUCAGCGAUCAGCCCCCAGCUGUCCACUGUUCUGUCCUCCUCAUCAGCACCGCCAGCUGGACAAGAGCAGCUGGUGGAAUUUGGCACUAUGGGCGCCACUGCUCUGCUCAACGUGGUCAAACUGCUGUACUCGGGGGAGAUGGCCGGGGAGGGGGAGCGCGAGAAGCAGCAGGCUCUGUCGGCAGCGGCCAAGAUGGGCAUCCUGGACCUGGUGGAGGUCACGCAGAGGAGGCAUGGCCAGUGCACCGAAGUGGGUGUGCAGACGGACACGGUGGAGCUCAGGGAGGGUAAAGUCUCAUGUGUCAGGUGGAGGCGAGAGGUGAGGGAUGGCAGCACCGUCCUGUGGAAAGAGACAAACGCGGAAAAAGACGUACAGACAGAGGGGCCUCAAGUAAGCGCCAACCCCUCUUGUCCUGCUGUGCCCACCUAUGAGACAAUUGACAUUGCUCAACUUCAGAGUUUAGGACAGACAGAUGUUGUUCAUCCCUUUGUUCCUAUUUCUCUCAUUCACCUUCAAGAGAACAGCCAAAAUUCCCAAACUUACACUGUGGCUGGACACACACCUGGAGCGGAACCUCCAUAUCUCCCUGCCUACCCCAGCCAGUGGACUGCUGACUCCCAGGGCGUCUUCUUCCCUGGUGGCACUCAGGCAGCAGGCAGAGACAUUUUGGAGGGUGGAGUAGUGGGCGAGGAGCAGUUUGAGCAGUAUCGUGACAACAUCCCAGGAUUCAUCAGCCACUUUUUAAACCUGGACCACGACGAGACAGGGCAAGCCAGGAGGAAGCAGCGAGGAGCAAGAAGGGCAGCCGAAAGAAAGCCCCGGAGGCCGCGGAGGCUAAGAGGAGGCAGGGUGUGCGGUGGGUGGAUGCAGACGGUGGAUGUGCAGGACGUGGAUGUGAGCAAGCAGCAUAAGUCGCUCCUGCAGAGGUGCGGGAUGGCGGCUGCUCUGAGGACGGGUCAGGGGGGAGGAGCUGCAGGCAGGAAGUUGUACCCGAAGACUCGACACAUUCUGGGUUCCCCCCGGAUGUCUCAGGGAAGACGGGGGCGAGGCACAGGAUGGGAUUUUAGCCUUGGUGGAGAAAGCCAUUACAAAGAGAUGGGAGGAGGAGGCAAUGUGAUGCAUGGAAAGAAGACAAAGCCGGAGUGUAAAAAGGUGUCUCCCGCCGCCUCCUCCACUCCUGCAGCACUCUCCCACCCUGCUCCUCUGCCUCAUGAAGACCCACCUGAGAACUUGGAUUGUCUCUUGGAGGAAGUGAUGAGGGGCCUGGAUGUUAUGUCAGGCAGCAGUGCUCCAGACUCUCAGCCUUGCCAAGAACGCCGUCCUGCUGCCACCACAGAGGUUGCUGGUACGGGGCGAGGAGGCACCAGCGACGCAAACGAUGAGGUGGGCCUUCUGGAGCCGCAGGAGGAGGGGGAUUUGACGACCAUGUUGGAAGACUUCCUGCAGUCCCUGGAGCCACACGGUGACAGCUGCGUUGUCAGGGGGGAGGAACGCAACGGCCCACAACAGCGAAAAGGAAAGAAAACCACACCCUCCAAGACACAAAGCGCACCUCCCCACAAAGCUGUAGAAGGAGUCAAAGCUGCAGGAAACAGGAAAAGGAAGAAACAACAUCCUCAAAAUGAGAAGAAGCAGAUCCCUUACCCGGUGAGCGACACAAUCAAUAAAAUAGUUGUCGAAGGAGGCGAUGUGUGCUUACGUCGGAGGCCCGUGGUGAAACUAGAGCGGCAUAUCGCUCUAACGGUCAACGCCUCCUCGCAGACGAUCAGCUGUCAGGCACUCAAGGAGGCGCCGGAUACUCCUGCAGAGUCCACAAGCAUCUACCCAAUCAGGAACAGAUGCAAGAAAGCCCAAAACACGCCUUCUUUUCUUUGGCAGCGGCUCGUGGAAAAAACACUACCACCAGAGUCUCCCCAAGCAGUCCGCAAGCGAGGCAGAUCCAGGAAGAACACACAACCUCUCAGCCCAAUCACGCCGAUAUCUGGAACACCUGCAGGCCCUGGCAACCUCACUGAGAAGAAUCAAGAGGGAGGAAGCAAAGCGGCUGAGAAGAAAGACAGGAAUGGAGCAGUGAGGAGGUCUCUGAAGAGAUGUGCCGAGCCAGAAGAGGAGACGAGCGACAUCGGUAGCGAGACCAAGAAGAAACGCCUUGAGAAAAAUGCUCCGCCUCCAUUUGAGACCGUCCUGCAGGCCAGCCGAGAAGAAACAGGUGUCGUUGAGCAGAACAAAGAGCUUGCCAACAUGGGCCAACAUUUGGAAGGAGGAAAAGCGGCGCUGUGUGUUCCACCAUCACCAAAAGGCAGGCCGGGGAUUCCAGGGAGCGAAGAAGAGGAGGAGGAUGUUGAUGUGAUUGGAACGUGUGAUUCUAUCCCCGAUCCAGUCAUCAUCACCUGGUCUCCGUCUUCAGACAGUGAAGGAAUGGAAGGAGACGAGGAGAUCGACGUUAUAGGAGUGUCGGACUUUGCUUCGUCAGCGGCCUUGGCUCUGAACAAUGUUGUGGACAGGACAUAUCACGCUGAGGUGCCCCUACGCUGAGGUGGUUAGUCCCAGACUUCCAGGUUGGUUCUCCUUUUGUCUUUGAGUUGGAUUAGUGAGAUGGAGAUUGUUAAAGAUGGACACAAGUUGGAUCUGAUUUUACCAGGAGGGACUCAAAAAGAUCUUAGCAUGUCACCUCAAUCAUUUCGGGAACAAGACUUUGGUUUACGCUCUUCACUUGAGCGUUGUUGAGCGUGUCUCUUAAAAGGGACACCGUUUAGCUGCUGUUUAUUUGUUGGGUUUGUGAAUGGCUCAGUUUAAUCCACAAACAUUUUUGCUACAAUAAAUGCUGUCUUUGAUUCA